AUAUCAUUUAUUUUGAACAUAUUAAAAUUGACUUACUACAAUUACAAAGAAGUAAGAGAAAUAUUGGCGCAUUAAUUUAGCACGAUUAAUUUAAAGAAAUAACUAACAUUAACUAAUAUACGCAAUAAGCUUAAAUAUAAGACAUAAAGAAUUCGACAAACAGAUUUUGUCGUCCUUUUAAUAUUUAUGAGAAUGUCAUUUAGUGAUAAGAUAACGAUACGCAUGUGAAACAUAUAUACACGUACAUUGUAUUUACAAUUAAAGAAUAUUUUGUUGAGACAAUUUAUUCUCAUCAGCUAUUAUUAAUGUAUCUCACUGUACAUAUAUUCCCUUUUUUUCUGCACCUCUUAAUUUGUGGUAUCUCAACUAUUCAGUCAUAAGUUGAAUUAGAGAGCGUUUGCUAUUGGCAACGACAAUUUGCGCGACUUUUCUUUUCGUGUAUCAACUAUAUUUCGAAGGAGAUCGUAUGUUCCUUUUUUAUUCGUUCUUGUUAAAUCGAUCGAACAAGUGUAGAUACGAGAAGAAAAUAAUAAUAAUAAAAAAAACAAAGAAUUGGCAUUACGAUGAAUGUUGGUACGUGUGAAACGAUAAAACGAUAAAAUGGCAUGUGUGUGUAUGUGAAUGCAGUUUUUAAUGUAAAACAUAUACAAAAUGAGUCAAUACAAAAUCAAGUUGAUUUAUAACACCGUUUUGAAUUAUUCGCAAUAAAACUUCGACAAAUAUUAUUCAUUAUUAUUUCAUUGAUCACGUUAGCAAUUGUGUAUUUAAUCAAAACGAAAUAAAGUUGUAUAGUUGCAUAGAAGGAUUAUACGUGUAACUUUAAGUCAAGCAAAAAAUAAGCCAGUUUAAAAUGGGUUAGAUAGAAAGGUGCGUAGUUGUUAGUCAAGCAUACGAAACCAAAACCAGUUUGCUCUUCGAUACAAAAAAAGAAAACGCUCGGUCCUUGCUUUUAACACGCAUAAGGUCUCUGCCAAAAUUAUCACUUAGGAAGUCCGCUAUUCUUAAGUUUCUUUUUUGAAAUGUACAUAUGUACAUUUUUAUUUUACAACAUUUCUAAGUAGCGUAUGUAUUAUAUCCAAUAACAACAGUCUUCUAUAUAUAUAAAGGAAGUACAUAAGUAACGAUUGUUAUAAAAAAAAACCAGUAAAGAAGGAUAAAGGAUUUAGAUUUAGUUGUCGAUGAUAACAGAACAUUAAGUAAUUUAUAUUGACGAAUAAUUGGAACAUGAUUAUUGAAGCGAUGAGUAAUGUUUAUCAACUAGAUAUUACGAAAUAACUAAAAGAACAAACUCUUGAACGAUUUUUCGUUUUAUUCAUGCGUUCGUUUGUUCGUUCGUUCGACAGUAGAAAGAGACAGAUGCAAAAGGAUCUUUUUUUUCUUUUUUUUUCCUGGCGUCACUUCAAUUGUUAUCUUACGUUGACUUCCGGUUCCGUUACAUCAUACUACCGAUCGCUUACGAAUGGCACAUUACGAAUGGAAUUCGCGCAAAUUACGAUCUUUACAAUUUUUCUGUUUACCGAUGAUACACGAUCUCGCGCAAUCAAAACAUAUUUUUGUUCGAAAAAUAUUGCAAAAGCUAUUUAACGAUUUCCUUGAAUUUCGAUGAUGAUCGAUGCUGAUCGAAUUACCGUGAAAUUAAUCAUUUUCAUGCUACUACUAGUGCCGACAGUUUCACGCUAUGUCGUUUCUUCGAGGGAACGUUAAUGAAAGAAGGCCAUUGUUAACGACAAGGAGAAGUAUAUUUUCUUCUACUCGAGACUGUAACAUCAAGGAAAUCCUUGUUCGAAGAAUACCGAUUUUAAAUUGGUUAAGAUUUUAUAGCUUGGGAAAAUGUUUGCAAGAUAUUUUGGCGGGAUUUACAGUCGGAUUGACUGUUAUACCACAAGGUAUAGCUUAUGCAACCGUCGCUGGUCUCCCACCUCAGUAUGGAUUGUAUAGCAGUUUCAUGGGAUGUUUCGUGUAUUUGGUGUUUGGUAGUACAAAAGAAGUAACCGUAGGUCCUACGGCCAUAAUGGCGUUACUUUCCCAACAUCAUGUCGUGAAAUUAGGAGAAGAUAUUGCUGUUCUUAUAUGUUUCUUAUCAGGAUGCGUAAUAACAGCAAUGGGGAUAUUUCAACUGGGUUUUCUUGUCGAUUUUAUAAGCAUGCCAGUGAUUUGUGGUUUUUCUAAUGCAGCAGCAAUUAUCAUAGCAGCUUCGCAAUUAGGGAAACUCCUUGGCAUAGAAGGUAGAAGCGAUUCCUUUGUCGACUCGAUCAGUCAAAUAAUCGAUCGCUAUGAUCGCAUAACAUUAUGGGAUACUCUUCUUGGCGUCGUAACAAUAAUAUUGUUAGUUUGUUUAAAGAAUUUACCUGGUAAAAAAAAGGGAACUACAUUUGAAAAAAUGAUGUGGCUGGCCUGUUUGGCUAGAAAUGCAGUGGUCGUUGUUAUGGGUACAGUCUUGGCUUUUGUCUUAUCUUUAUACGACCUUAAACCUUUCAUGAUUACUGGAAACAUUACAGAAGGUCUACCACCUUUCAGACCACCGCCAUUUUCUCUAGACUCUGGCAACAAGACUUAUUAUUUUCCCGAAUUGAUCGAAGAACUUGGUGGUAGUAUCGUAUCGAUACCAGCUAUCGCCAUUUUGGAAAGUGUUGCUAUUGCUAAGGCUUUCGCCAAAGGAAAGACUUUGGAUGCAACGCAAGAAAUGUUAGCGGUUGGACUGUGCAAUGUUAUUGGAAGUUUCGUUAGAUCAAUGCCAACGACCGGUAGUUUCACCAGAACCGCGGUGAACAAUGCAUCCGGCGUUAAAACUCCAAUGGGUGGCAUAAUAACCGGUAUUCUAGUCUUACUAGCGUGUGGUCUUUUAACGUCGACUUUUAAGUUCAUUCCGAAAGCCACUCUAGCUGCCGUAAUAAUCAUUGCAAUGUAUUAUAUGUUUGAAGUGGACGUAUUUUCUACUCUUUGGCGCACGAAAAAAAUUGAUAUGGUACCCUUGAUAGUUACUCUGAUAUGUUGUUUGGCUUUAAGCUUGGAAUAUGGUAUGAUCGCUGGUAUCGCGAUUAAUCUUAUUCACCUACUUUAUUUUACGGCCAGACCUGGCCUAUUGAUCGAAGAACGCGCUGUUGACGAUAUAACCGUGCUUUUCGUCUUACCCAAACAAUCCUUGAGUUUUCCAGCUGCAGAAUACUUAAGAGAACAAGUGAUGGAAUGGUGUGACAGAUGUACCGUAAAUAUACCGGUAAUAAUAGAAGGCCGUAACAUUUUGAGAAUCGACUCGACGGUAGUUAAAAAUCUCGCUCUACUUCAUAUUGAUUUAGAAGCCAGACAACAAAAGCUCAUCUUUUGGAAUUGGUCAGAGAAAUUACAAAAUAUUUUGACCAAUUAUGAUUCCUCUCUGUCGCUAUCAUUUAACAAUUGUGGAAGUAUACCUCAGAUAUUUAUGAAUAGUAGGGUCUGAAGCGAAAUAGCCUAUGAAAAUAAUAUUAAUUUGUUCAUCAAAUUUAUUUAUCGAAGACACUUUUAACGUCGACAAUUAGUUAUAUACCAAUUGAAUGAUAAGAAUGGCAUAUCUAAAAAGAAAUGAAUCCCCACGAUAUAUUAUCACUGAAUGAUCUUAUCGAAUUUAUAAUUACAAAUUGAUCAACGAUUUUAUCGAUAAAUAUUUACGCAAAAAUUUAUCUAUGUUUAAUGGAAGAUAUUUUGUCGAAUGAAUUUGAAUUAAUCAAUGCAAUUUUGGACCAUUUAAAAAAUUACAAUUAUUUGAUUAUUAUUUAUGAAAAAUGAGAGCAAAUGUUCGUAAUAAAUUCAUAUUAUAAGGCGCAAGCGCUCGUUAGACGUUUAGACAUUAGCGCGCAUCUCCUAUAUAAGGACCAAUCAACGUGGACGGUUAAGUAGAGGGUGCUUCGAUCGAUGUCGCUAUUCGAGGUGAGCGUGCGCGCGAAAGAUAGACCCCGAUAGACCCCGAUAGACACCGAUCAUACCCUAACAGAGAGAGAGGACAAUCGGACCUAUAUUUAUAACUUAUUCUUAGUUUUAGUGCUUUUCAUUAUUAUUAUCAUAUUUCCCUCGAGCGCAAAAACAAAGAGCAAGACAUUUUUUCCGUGGGGUGUCGUUCGCUUUCUCUUACCAGGAACGGGGUCAAUGAAAGAGAAUGAAGAGAAUCACUAACAAGAGGAAACAGGAUGAACAAGCUUGCACAGCAUUUCUACGACAAGAACGCCCUUCUUCUUUCGGACGAAAGUAAGACGCUACCGUCCUCAUGCUUGACAGCAAUUUUUCUGGAUCUCUUUUAG